AUGUCAAAAGAAGGCAAUCAUCAGAGGACUGGUGGACCUCCACCUCUACCGCCGCGACAAGCGUCAGGCGCAGACCUCUUGGUGUCAGAGGACUUUGAAGACGACGACUUGCCCCCGCCAUCUUACGAAUCUCUGACGACCACGUCGUAUGGAAACGACUAUCUCUCACUUGCGCAGAACGAUCCACGUUUGAAGUCAACACAAUCGUUGUUGCCUUCGCCGUCAGAUGAACAAGGUGAUAGAAGGAAAUUACUCCUUGUAUUUAUCCAUGGAUUCAUGGGUGAUGAGACCAGCUUCCAGAGCUUCCCGGCUCAUGUACAUAGUCUUGUAGCUGCAUUACUGUCGGAAACACACACUGUUCAUACAAAGAUUUAUCCGAGGUAUAGGUCAAAGAAGAAGAUCGAUUUCGCGCGAGAUGACUUUAGUCGUUGGCUGAAACCUCACGAAGGACCGACUACAGAUGUGAUAUUGUUAGGUCACAGUAUGGGUGGCUUGCUUUGCGCCGAGGUGGUCUUGAUUCCAUCCCUUGCAGAUGGCUCUCUACGCCACCGUCUGAUCGGUACUGUCAACUUCGAUGUUCCUUUUCUGGGUAUGCAUCCAAGGGUCAUCAAGGUCGGCUUGGCUAGCAUCUUCAGUCCAGCUCCAGGUCCUCAAAAGUCGCCGCAUGAUGAUGAACACACGCCAUCUGUCUCGAGUAUGCAGACUGGUGGGGACUAUUUCGAUGACAGAUCAACCGCAAGUGCUUCUACGUCAAACCUAAAACUUGCGUCAAGCCCAUUCUCGCCCUCUCAGCUCGACCCCAACUACAAUCCAGCCUUCAAGAAUGAUGUGGUUCUUCCUGUUAGGAAAGGCUGGGAAGGAGCUUGGUACUUUCUCAACAAGCAUUCUAGUGAUCUCAGAACAGCUACCAAGCAAUUGGUGAAGUCACAUCUCGAGUUUGGAGGUGCCAUGGCAGAUUACAGCGGCUUGAAACUCCGAUAUACCCGAAUUCGAGGUCUCGAGGAGCAGGGUGAGCGAACGAGAAAAGCAGUCAUAGGUAGCUCUGUCGCUCCUCCAAGAGUCCGCUUCGUGAACUACUACACUUCCAGCACAGGUCGGCCAAAGGAACCUAAAACACCAAUGUCGCCUGAGAUAUCUGUUGAAACUCCAACGAUGACAGGCGGAGUAAUCGACGGAGAUCAUAAGAUAAUGCAAGAGGACGAAGAAAAGUACUCCGAGGAGUUCGCCCCAAGAGACAACGAAUUGCUCGAAACAGAUGAUGACAUCAAGGACUUCGAGGCUGCAGAAAUGAAUGGCAUGUCGGCGAUGGACCAUCUGGACCCUGCCCCCAUGUCGGAUGCGGGCAAUGAUACUUCGGAUAUCGAGUCUUGGAUCGAUGCGACAGAACAUAUUGAAAUUGCCCAAGCCAAUUCAACGACAAUCGCGGACCAACAAGGCACUGCUUCGGACAAGCUUGAAGAAGACGUAGACACACAUACAGCCUCGUCAGACAAAUCGCCUGAAGCUGCAACAUCUACUCUGCAGGAACUACCGCCUAUACCUGAUCCACCUGCAAAACCUGAGAAACCACCAUUCUUUUCGGACAAAGACUCCAGAAAACUCGCAGAGAAAGAGUAUGAGAGGGUACUGAAACUGUACUUCCGAGCAGUCAAGGAUCGCGAAAAGGCACUCAAGGAUCGUGAAAAGCUAGAAAAGAAGCGCGAACGUCAAGCAAUUAAGGAAGGUAAGAAGGCAGAGAAGGAAGUCAUGAAGGGCGACAAGAACAAGGAGAAGGAGCGUAAGAAAACUAUCGAGAGGAGGGAAACCGAUCAAGAGUCGAUCAUGGCGACAGAGCAAAAAGACGCUAAGAAAGAGUGGAAAGCUGCUCUGGAUCAUUCUUGGAACGACGACGAUUCCACGAUUGAGCCGCUCUCGAAGCAUACUUCGUCGAUGCAGUCUACCGUCAUGUCCACUCAAGGCACUGAACCACGUUACGGCGAGGAGCAGAAGCCUUUCAAAGAUCGCACAUUCUGCACUCUUCCACCCAAGGAUGGCUCUGGCAACAGAGACCCCACUUGGGUGCGUGUGCUGAUGAAGGACGUUGACUUGGUCGAAGCGCACUGUGGUCUCUUCACGCCAGAUGACCACGAUGGCAGAUAUGAGAAGCUGAUCGGUGACGUGGGAGAUAGGAUCUGCCAAUGGGUUGGAGAGGCAGAAAGCGAGAGAAUCGCUAGAGACUUUGAUGCACAAGGCUAA